AUGCCCACUCAGCUGGAGAUUGCCAUGAACAUCAUGAUUAGAGUCUUCCACCAGUACUCUGGCAAGGAAGGGGACAGGUUCAAGCUCAACAAGGGGGAGCUGAAAAUGCUCCUGCAGCAAGAGCUCACGGAGUUCCUCUCGUGCCAAAAGGAUCCCCAGUUGGUUGAUAAGAUAAUGCAGGACCUGGAUGCCAAUAAGGACAACGAAGUGGAUUUUAAUGAAUUCGUGGUCAUGGUGGCAGCUCUGACAGUUGCCUGCAAUGAUUACUUUGAAGAACAAUUGAAGAAGAAAGGAGAGUAAAGAUAAGUAGUAA